AUGUCAGACGAAGGUGAUCUCGAAGAUCUGUACGGAAUCGACGAAGAUGAUUAUAACGGUCGUUACUAUGACCUCGAGAUCCGGGCAGACGACGACGAAGACGAAGACUAUGAAGUGGACGAUGAUGAUGAAGGUGAAGAAGAUGAUGAUAUGGGGGAUGCUGAACUAGUAGAUGAGUUCCCAAUCACCAUCGAACCUGAAGAUCACGAUGAUGGUGGUCGAGUCAGUUUUCAUCAAUUGGCAGCUUUGUUUCAAAAUACUACUUCCAACCAAGCCAGACAGAAUCUCUUAGCUCAAUUACUAGCCGAACCUACCACUGAUCCACUCCCUCGAAGGGAAUCCGUAAACAAUGCCAGAUCAGCAUUGAGGAGAACGUUGUUGGGUGCAGCCAGAGGAGGAGGAGAAAGGAGGCAAAGGGAUAAGAAAUGGUGGAACGAACAAAAAGAACCUCAUCCUAAUGGAGUGGUAUUACUAAGAUCGGGGGAAUUUGGAAGGGUUGGGGAGUGGGGAUUGGGUAAAAAGAGACCUAGAGUCGGGUUUGCUCAUGCAUCUGGAGCUAAGAGAUUCAUGAGAAGAGGUCUGGUAUCACCUAAUAUCAUCCCUAAUACUCCAGGCACUGUAGUAGCUUCAUAUCCUUCAAUACCUUAUGUAGGUCAAUAUUGUGGCGAAGAUUAUGGUGUCUUCUACGCCGCCACUCAGUAUUUUACCAUUCAUCUUUAUUCCACCACACAGGCUAAGAAACAACCUAAGCGACACCCUUUGUCUAGUGCGACGGAGAGUACGAGGGUGGAAGUGGAUGAUGAUGAUGACGAAGAGGACACUUGGGGGAAUUGGUCGGCUGGGAGAAGAGGGAUGGCAGUGGAAGAUACUAGUAUGAAGAAGAUUAAGACUGUUCAAGGGGAGGAGGGAAGAUGGACUAUCACUGAUUGUGAUGCGGAUAAGAAGGGGGAGAAAAUGAUAUAUUCCUCUAUCACACCUUAUGUGCACAUGCUAUACACCGCUCAACAUGACUCGGAGCAUGUAUGUCUCGACUUUACAGGCUCUCGAAGAAGCCGCGAAGAGCAGUGGGGUUAUGACAGUUUUGGCAUCUGGAGCAUCAGGUUCUCAGCCGAUGGGAAAGAAGUCGUGGCUGGUGCAGGUAGUGGAAAGAUCAUGGUAUAUGAUAUCGAAAGUCAACAAAGAUCUCUGAGCGUCUCGGGUCAUUCGGAUGAUGUCAAUGCCGUAUGCUUCGCAGAUGAGACAUCUACCAAUAUCCUAGUCUCCGGUUCCGAUGAUGGCUAUGUCAAAAUCUGGGAUCGACGUUCAUUGUCUUCGUCAACGCCUUCCGGUGUGUUGGUAGGUGCUACAGAAGGAAUCACCUAUACUUCUCCUAAAGGGGAUGGGAGGUAUGUCGUGGUGAAUUCAAAGGAUCAAGCUGCUAGGUUGUAUGAUUUAAGGAAAAUGAGAAGUCAUAGUGAAUUUACUACGGAACCUGAUGCUGUGUCUAGGUAUGGUCAACCGAGAUUUGAUUAUCGGAACUCACAUUAUCCCACACCACAAAGAUUGGCGCAUCCGAAAGAUUGUAGCGUCAUGACAUAUCGUGGUCAUGCUGUUUUACGUACUUUGAUCCGAUGUCAUUUCUCUCCUCGAGAAUCUACGGGACAACAGUAUAUUUAUUCGGGAAGUGCCGAUGGGAAAAUCCAUAUUUGGUCCCUUGACGGUCGUGUGGUACAAGUUCUGGAUCGAGCCCUGUCAGCUCCUUUGAAAGACAGAAACAACCAAUACACAGAUCCCUCCGCACCUCAACUCCCACGCGUCGCUCGUAGAGACCAAACCGAAGAUUCUUACCAAGCCUAUUGCGUCCGCGACGUGAGUUGGCACGGGUACGAACCUACCCUCAUGUCCACCUGCUGGGAGAUGGAUGGAGGUUACAGACGAGGAGGUACUCUGGCGAAACAUGAGUGGAAGGGACUUGGGAAAGGCGGAUUACGUUCGUUGGAGGAUUGGAAUGAAAAACAAGUUGCGGAACAAGCAGGAUUAAGUAGAGGGUGGGGUUCUCGGCCCACCUAG